AUGCCGUUGACGACUCGCCUGACCACUAGCUACAACCAUCGAGUUAGGGAGAGCUACCACCGAGCAGUUCGACGCACCACGGCAAAGUUAGCCGCAGUUCAUCGACGAUCAUCUUAUCAGUUUACCACUCGACGUAUCACUACGGCGAAGUUAGCCGCAGUACCUCGACGAGUACCCUGUCUUAGUGAGACAACGACGCCCCACUACGACGUAGUUAGCCGAGGUUUGUCGACCGUCGGAUCGCUCUUACCGACGACCCGUGCAAACCUCGGAGAAGUUCGAGAUUGUAUGCAGCCAGAGAGGAGAGUUACAAGAAGUAUGAGUAGACCGGGAGAAACAGUAGAGGAGACGGAGAGGAGGAUGUUGGAGGAAUUAAGACAAAGCUUGGGACCAUUGCCUGGUGCAAUUGAUGCCCCCGAAGGAUCAACUCAAGGUGAUGAUUUCUAUCCACCCCUACCUUUUGAACCACCUCCCCAGCAGACCGGACUACCAGAACCACCAGUGGUGAGGACAGGUUCCGAAGAUUCGGGACAGACCCCACGACCAAGGGAAGGGAACACAGGAGGCCACAACACAGAAGAUGAUGCUGGCAAUAAUGAACAUGAUGAUGGAGAUGAAUAA